GGCAGGUAAGGAGUGGCCGAGUGGCAACACAAAUACCCAGUCCCUGACCCUAACCUCUCAUCCAUCUGCCUCUGGACCCUCUCAUUCGCUUCUCCCAAUGGCCAUGGCUCCUCCUCCUUCUCGCUUCGCUCUUCUCUUCUUCGUCUCAUCUCUCAUCUUCCUCUUCGCUGCAACAGCUUUUGCUUCUGAUGUUUCUCCAAAGGAAGAAUCGGAGGAUCUGGUGAUCCGUCAAGUUGUGCCGAACGAAGAUGAUCUUCAGAUGGAUUUCGAGAGCCACUUCGUUAGCUUCAAGAGGAGGUUCCGUAAGACAUACGCUACUCCAGAAGAGCACGCUUACCGAUUGGGUGUCUUUAAGGCUAACUUGCGUCGUGCGAGACGUCAUCAGAAGCUUGAUCCCACCGCCGUCCACGGUGUUACUCAGUUUUCCGACUUGACGCCUAAGGAGUUUCGCCGUACUCAUCUUGGCUUGAAGAAGCGUCUUGGACUACCUGCUGAUGCUCAUGAGGCUCCCAUCCUCCCAACCAACGAUCUUCCCACCGAUUUCGAUUGGAGAGAUCAUGGCGCCGUUACUGCCGUUAAGAACCAGGGUUCUUGCGGAUCGUGCUGGUCUUUCAGCACCACCGGAGCAUUGGAAGGAGCUAAUUUUCUCGCUACGGGAAAUCUUGUUAGCCUUAGUGAGCAACAGCUCGUGGAUUGCGAUCACGAGUGUGACCCAGAGGAGGCAGGUGCAUGUGACGCAGGCUGCAAUGGGGGGCUAAUGACCAGUGCCUUCGAAUAUACACUGAAAGCUGGAGGGCUUGUGCGAGAGGAAGAUUAUCCGUAUACUGGGACUGAUGGUACCUGCAAAUUUGACAAUGCCAAUGCCAAGAUUGCUGCUAAAGUGUCUAACUUCAGUGUUGUCUCCCUUGAUGAAGAUCAAAUUGCAGCAAAUCUUGUGAAACAUGGUCCACUUGCAGUGGGGAUCAAUGCAGUUUUCAUGCAGACUUACAUAGGAGGAGUUUCAUGCCCGUAUGUGUGCAUGAGGCGAUUGGAUCACGGAGUGCUUCUGGUGGGUUAUGGAGCGGAAGGUUAUUCUCCUAUUCGCUUGAAGAACAAACCAUACUGGAUCAUCAAGAACUCUUGGGGUGAAAGCUGGGGAGAGAAUGGUUACUACAAAAUCUGCAGGGGUCACAAUGUGUGUGGGGUGGACUCCAUGGUCUCAACUGUGACCGCUGCCCACAUCUCUCAAGAGUAGAUUCUUGAUAACAAAGUAGGGUUGUUUCCUGUACAAAAGUUUUAUUACCAUAUUGUGACAUAUCUUCAUAAGAUUAACUUGCUUUCAAGUCACACGAUCCUGUUUAUUAUGGGAAUCGUGCUUAUGAAGUUUCCUAUGAGUUCAGUUAAAUGUAUGGUCUGUCUUUUUACCAAAAAAAGAAUUGUAUGGUCCGUCUCUUGCUUCCAGCAAAACCAUGCCUGAUUCUUAUUCUAUUGAAUGGUAAGUACUAUUACACUUCUAAGAUCUAA